UAACCACCGCGAGUUACUUUUCCGGCGUCGAAUUCAUCGCUCGUGCACCACAUUAUCGGAGCCUCUGAAGCGGUGAGCAUUGGAAAUUGACCCGUAAUGCAAUAUUCGAAGGACAUAUGAUCCCGUCUGGUGCUUGAAACGAUACCGAAAUUACUACUCGUCAAAUUGACGGGUCGAAAAUCAAAGACGGUGUUAUUAAAUUGUAAAAUAUUUUGGGAAGUGUGGAUAAAGGUCAAUUUACCAUUCAGCCUGACGGGUGAAAAUGAUGCGGAAUACUUCAUCGUUCGCCAGAUUUUCGCUGGCAGUAUUGCGGUCGAAUGUUUCCGCGAACAGGCAUAGGAGUACCGUCGUUCUGUCCGAUGAAAAUUUUCAAGAAACUGCCGACGCCGAAUGGAAAAUUGCGAAGCCGUACAAUCUGAUACCUGGACCAGAGCCACUUCCGGUUCUCGGAAAUAUUCCAAAGUUUAUUCCGAUCGUCGGUAAGUAGCGUUUCGACAAAUUUUAUUUCCAAUGAAAAAUUCUAGUCCCAACAUUCUGCGAGUUCAAGGCGAAUACGGAAAGCUGCCAAUGUUGGAGAUGGUGGAUCGAUUGCGUAAAACCUACGGCGAUAUUGUCCGGCUCGAAGGGAUUCCGGGUCGACGACGCUGCGUCUUUCUCUUCGAUCCGAACGAUUGUGAGAAAGUGUACCGGACGGAAGGUCCUUGGCCCUCCAGGAUUUCGAUGGAGACGAUUAAGUUGUAUCGCGAGCAGAGACACGAAGUGUACAAGGGUGAAUCCGGGCUUGUGUCAAGCCAGGGUGAAGAAUGGCAUCGGUUUCGUUCGAAAGUUAACCAACAUUUAAUGCAGCCAAGAACAAUCCGGCCUCACAUCGGUCCAAUCAACGAAGUGGCGGAUGAUUUCAUUGAGAGGAUUCGCAGUAUUCGAAAUUUCGAGUCCCUCGAAAUGCCGGCUACUUUUAACAACGAGAUGAACAAGUGGGCUCUGGAAUCUAUGUGCGUAAUUGCCUUCGACCAUCGCAUAGGAUGCCUCGAGCCCAAUCUGAAAAUAGAUUCCGAACCUCAGCUCCUCAUUAAUAAUGUCCACAGUAUGUUCGACCUCAUGUACAAACUCGAGAUUCUACCGUCUCUCUGGAAACUUUACAAGACCCAAAACCUGAGAGAGUUUUUCCGAGUUUUGGACAACUUGACGAGAAUAACUGGCAAAUACGUGGAUCAAGCAAAGCAACGGCUUGCCAAGAAGUCGGUGGAGAACAUCGGAGACAGAAGUAUGCUGGAGAGACUGAUCAGCGUCGAUGAGCAGACAACCACUGUGAUGAUAAUGGACAUGUUGACAGCCGGAGUAGACACCACAAGCAACACUGCCACGGGUGCGCUGUACCACAUAGCAACGAAUCGUAAUGUUCAGGAAAAACUACGGAAAGAAGCCAUUAAUGUUCUGCCCAGUAAGACUUCUCCCGUGACAUUAGACGUCCUUAGCAAUAUUCCAUACCUGAAGGCUGUACUUAAGGAAAGUUUGAGACUGAUGCCAAUCGCUGUUGGCAACUUGAGGACCACAAAUACAAACGUUGCAAUUCGUGGCUACAGGAUCCCCAAGGGUGAUGACUUGAUCAUGUGUCACUCACUGAUGAGCAAAGACUCCAAGUACUUUCCGAAUCCAGAGAAAUACCUUCCGGAAAGAUGGCUGAAGGAUUCUGCUGGGACGAUUCACUCGGCCAAGAACGCUCAUCCCUUCGCCUACAUGCCGUUUGGUUUCGGUCCACGAACCUGCAUUGGAAGGCGUUUUGCUCAACUUGAAAUGGAAACGCUCCUGAUCAAGGGCCGACUUUACAAGAUGAUACUAGGGAAUUCAACGCUCGUCAGAUUGACGCUCGCAUUCUCGCGCUCCGAAACGAUCAUUUCAAAAAGAAGUGCAACUACUGCAACCGGCGUUCAAUCACAAAGUACUUUUGACGUCGAGUGGAAAGCUGCCAAGCCUUAUGAGUCCAUCCCGGGACCAAAACCGCUUCCAGUACUUGGGAAUGUCCUGAGGUUCCUUCCAGUUGUCGGUGAAUUCCAAAAUAUAUCUACAGCGGAUUUGAUGAAGCAGCUACGUCAAAAGUACGGGGACGUUGUGAAACUUGAGGGAAUUCCGGGACGACGACGUUGCGUAUUUUUCUUCGACCCGGUAGAUGCCGAGAAAAUAUACCGAACAGAAGGAUCUUGGCCCAGCAGGAUCACCUCUGGGCCGCUAAAACUGUACCGGAAACGGAAGGAGGGCCUCUUCAAAGGAGAGUAUGGUCUACUUCCCAGUCAGGGAGAGAAAUGGCAUCAGUUCCGGGUGAAAGUUAACCAGUACUUCAUGCAGCCCAGGACGAUCCUCCCACACGUGGGUCCAGUUGAUCAGGUGGCGAUGGAUUUCGUAGAAAUGAUUCGCAGUCUCCGAGAUCCUGAAUCCCUCGAGAUGCCAGCCACGUUUAACAAUGAGAUACAUAAAUGGGCUCUGGAAUCGAUAUGCGUGAUUGCGUUCGAUCAUCGCGUGGGAUGCCUCGAGCCCAAUCUUGCGAAAGACUCGGAACCUCAGGUCUUCAUCAACAAUGUAAGCGAAAUGUUUGAGCUCAUGUACAAGCUUGAAGUACUACCAUCGUUAUGGAAAUUAUACGAUACUCGAAAUCUGAAGAAGUUAUUCAACAUUUUAGACAACAUGACCAGAAUAACGAGCAAAUACGUGAAUCAAGCGAAGCAACGUGUUGCCGAGAAGAAAGCGGAGGACGUUGGCGAUACAAGUAUUCUGGAAAGACUGAUCAGCGUCGAUGAACAGACAUCUACAGUGAUGAUAAUGGACAUGCUAUUGGCUGGGGUUGACACUACGAGCACUGCUGUUUCCGGCGCAAUGUGGUGCAUCGCGACAAACCCCGAAGCUCAAGAAAAACUGCGAGAAGAGGCCAUCAAGGUUUUGCCGACAAAAACGUCACCGGUAACCGCAAAGACUUUGAACAAUAUUCCAUACUUAAGGGCUGUCAUCAAAGAAAGUUUAAGGCUGGCACCAGUCGCAAUGGGUGUUCUUAGAACAACAAAUUCAGACGUCGUUAUUGGUGGUUACAGAAUUCCCAAAGGUGAUGACGUGGUCAUAUGUCACGGGCUGAUGAGCCUUGAUCCUGAGCAUUUUCCGGAUAACAUGAAGUUCCUUCCCGAAAGAUGGCUCAGGGAAUCCUCAAACUCAGUGUCUUGUACCAAGAAUGCUCAUCCCUUCGUUUACAUGCCCUUCGGUUUUGGCCCUCGUUCCUGCAUCGGGAGACGUUUUUCACAACUUGAAAUGGAAACACUCCUCAUAAAAAUGGUGCGGAACUUCCGCUUCGAAUGGCACUAUGGACCGUUAGAGAUGAAAAAUGGACUUCUCAACACUAUAACGACGCCAUUGAGAAUCAAAUUUAGUGACAUUUAGCCCAAAAAUCAUGAGAUCUGCAUCAUAAGGACCUCUAAUUAUAGGUAACCCUGAAUUACCCAUAACCAAGGUUCAUUACGGUGCGCAUUCACGUAAUCUCAUGAUACGACUAAAACAUUUUGUACAUCCAUCCGUUUGUUAACGGAUUUUCUCUAUUGAUAUGUAUACUUUUCGUAAUUUUUUUUUUUGUGACACGUGUUUUACGUCUAAGCUUUCAAUGUUGUCAAAAUCCAAACUGUCUCUCUUGGUAUAUGUAUUUUUCACAGGCUGUGACAAUUGCUCUGUAGGACAUUUAUCAUAGUUUUUAUUUACCCUGCAUACUGUAUUCAUUUAAUCAGGUAUUGGAGCACCACCUUUUAAUUAAGUGAACGAAUUAAAUUUAUUAAAUUGAA